AUGGCGUUGAAAUUGAAGCAGACUUUCUACGUCUCGCAUGGAUCACCAACUCUGGCCGUAGAUGAAUCGAUUCCGGCCUGGAACUUCUUCAGUUCGUGGAAGGACCAGUUUCCGACUCCACCAUCCGCCAUCCUCAUCAUCUCCGGCCACUGGGACACCCAUGUCCCCACCGUCAACGUCGUUGACCAAAACAACACCAUCUACGACUUCUAUGGCUUCCCCAAAUCCAUGUACAAGCUGAAGUAUCCAGCACCUGGGGCACCACACUUGGCCAAGAGGGUGAAGGAGCUACUCUUGGGAUCAGGGUUUAGCCAUGUGGAUGAAGACAGGAAACGUGGGCUUGACCAUGGUGCAUGGGUGCCUCUCUUGUUGAUGUACCCUGAGGCAGACAUUCCAGUGUGUCAACUCUCAAUUUCUUCCAACAAAGGAGGUACUUACCACUAUAACAUGGGAAAGGCUUUAGCCCCUCUUAAAGAUGAAGGUGUUCUAAUCAUUGGGUCUGGGAGUGCCACCCACAACCUCAGAGCAAUUGCCCCUCGUAAUAGCCCAGUUGCUCCAUGGGCUCAGGCUUUUAUGUCCUGGCUAAAAACCUCUCUUCUUGAUGGAAGAUAUGAGGAAGUAAAUGAAUAUGAAGAAAAGGCCCCAUAUGCAAAAAUAGCUCAUCCCUGGCCAGAUCACUUCUUCCCAUUGCAUGUGGCCAUGGGAGCUGCUGGUGAAAAUGCAAAGGCCAAAGUUGUUCACGAUAGUUGGGAUGGUGGUUCCAUUUCUUAUGCUUCUUUCAGCUUUACAGCUACUGACAGUUAA